UUCACUUGCCUCUCUUUCUAUAUCGCCUUCACAUCUUUGUCUCUCUCUCUCUCUCUCUGAUCUCUCUCUCUCGAUUUUAUAUUUUUGUUAGUUCUGAACCUUCUGAUUGUAACUAGAUUUAGAUUUUGUUAGGUCACUGUAUAGAGAGAGAGAGAGAGAGAGAGAGAGAGAGAACGAGAGAGAUCAGUAAAAGGAGGAGGAUGAGCUGGUGUGAUGGUUCAGAUGAUAACUACGACCUAAAUAUUGAAAGAGUAUCGAACAUUGAUCAUCCAUCGAUUCAACUCAAAGACCAAUCUCAAUCAUGUGUCACGAGCGGUCCAGAUUCCAAGAUUAUCGUUGAAUCUCCUAUUAUGAUCACUUGUCCUUCUUGUGGACACAAGAUCCAUCACCAAGACGACCAGGUUGGUAGCAUCAAAGAUUUACCAAGCUUACCGGCAGGAGUCAAAUUUGACCCGUCGGAUAAAGAGAUCCUUAUGCAUUUGGAAGCGAAGGUCUCAUCGGAUAAGCGGAAACUUCAUCCCUUGAUCGAUGAAUUUAUACCAACGCUCGAAGGAGAGAAUGGAAUUUGUUAUACGCAUCCUGAGAAACUUCCUGACCUAAACCGGUUUAGUUAUGAAAAUACUCAGACCGGUUUUGGGUAUGAGCAUGGAGGGAAAAGUGAAGAGGCGUCGCAGGUGAUUCGAGAGUUGGUGGUUCAUGAAGGCGAUGGGUCAUGUUCCUUUCUUAGGUUUACUUGUGAUGCAAGUAAGGGUAAAGAAAGCUUCAUGAAGAAUCAAUAGAACCUAAUAUAUAUAAAUGGAGAUGGAGUAAAGAUGAGGGAAAGAAUGAGAGGGCACAGAUUCUUUGUGUAGGUGUUGGGUAACUAUCAUAGUAAACUAUCUCAAAAGCUUUUGGGGGAUUUAGGUUUUAACCUUUUUUAGGGAUUUACUUGGGGGAGUAACUUUAACCUCGCCAGACAUUACUGAUCUUUGUUUUGUUUUGUUUUGUUUUUUUUUUUUUCUAUUUCUGAAUAAAAUAUGUCAAAACAAUACGGUAAUAGCUCUUCUUUUUGAAUUGUUGUAAUAAUUUAAGCUAAGAAAUAAAGGAUAUUAUAUGGAA